AUGAGUGGAUUGCCUCCAGGUCUUCCUCCUGAUGAUGAUGGUGACGGGUUUCCACCUCCACCGCCAGCUUUUGACUUAGAUUUUGCGCCUCCUGUACCUGGGAUGGAUGUUGAUGGCUUACCACCUCCAUUACCGCCAUCAGAUAUUCCCCCACCACCACCACCUGGUAUGGACGAUUCGUUACCCCCACCUCCAGGAUUCCUUGAUUCGUCUAUGUCAAAUAAUAGAGAGGAGCUAGAAAAAAGAAAACUGAAAUGGCUUCAAUUGCAAAAGAAGAGAUAUGGUGCUGAUUUUAAACAGAAUAAGAAGUCUGGUUAUAUUCAUCCAACAAAAACGGAAAUGCCUGCAGAGCAUCUUCGAAAAAUUAUCACUGAUCAUGGAGAUAUGUCUUCAAAGAAGUUCCAAGCAGAUAAGAGAUCCUUUUUGGGCUCUUUGAAGUACAUGCCCCACGCAAUUUUGAAAUUGAUUGAAAAUAUGCCUCAACCUUGGGAGCAAGUCAAGGAAGUUAAGGUUUUAUAUCAUCAUACUGGGGCUAUAACUUUUGUCAAUGAAAUACCUAGAGUCAUUGAGCCAGUAUACACAGCACAAUGGGCCACAAUGUGGUUGAUGAUGAGAAGGGAAAAAAGAGAUCGUAAACAUUUCAAGAGAAUGAAGUUUCCACCAUUUGAUGACGAAGAACCACCAUUGAACUACAGUGAAAAUAUCUUAGAUCUUGAGCCUUUAGACCCAAUUCAAUUGGAUCUUGAUGAAGAAGAGGACAAACACGUGUACGAUUGGCUUUAUGAUGAUAAACCAUUAAUUGAUAAUUUAAAAUUUGUUAACGGGGAGUCAUACAGAAAAUGGAAUUUGAAUCUAAGACAAAUGUCUGAUUUAUACAGAUUAGCUAUUCCAUUGCUUCCUGAAGUAAUUGAUCCAAACUAUUUUUACUUAUUUGACAAGAAAUCAUUUUUCACAGCCAAAGCCUUGAAUAGUGCAAUUCCAGGCGGCCCAAAGUUUGAACCCUUAUACAAAGAUGUCGAUCCAGAGUCCGAGGAUUUUGAUGAGUUUAACUCAAUUGAUAGAAUUAUAUUCAGAGUUCCUAUCAGGACAGAGUACAGGGUCGCAUUCCCAUUUUUAUACAACUCGUUUACAAAGUCUGUCGCCAUUGGUUGGUAUCACGAUCCUUUUGUGACAUACAUAAAAAAUGAAGAUCCUGAAGUGCCGGCAUUCAACUUUGACUCAUCUUAUUGUCCUGUUUCCUUGCGCAAGUUUGAAGAGAGAACAGAUACUUUCGAAGCUUUGAAUUUUGAUGAAGAAAAUGGUGAAGACUUGGAUGAUGAUUUCAGUUUACCUGCAGGUAACAAAUUCAAAUCAUUUUUACAGGGUGAACCAUUGGAAGAUGAGGAUACUAAGGAUGGCCUUGAGCUUUUGUGGGCACCAUUUCCAUUCAAUCGUCGAUCCGGAAACAUGGUUAGAGCCGAGGACGUUGCUUUAGUCAAAUCAUGGUACAAGGAGCACACACCAAGAGAAUACCCUGUGAAAGUGAGAGUUUCAUACCAAAAAUUACUCAAGACCUAUGUGUUGAAUGAACUACAUUCAAAGAAUCCAAAAACAACGCGAUCAGUGAAGAAGGUGAAGCUACUUAAAUCUUUGAAAAACACUAAAUUUUUCCAGCAGACUACAAUCGAUUGGGUCGAAGCUGGCUUGCAGGUUGUCAAACAAGGUCAUAACAUGUUGAAUUUGUUAAUCCAUAGAAAGGGGUUGACGUAUUUGCACUUAGAUUAUAACUUCAAUUUGAAACCAACUAAAACGCUUACGACAAAAGAAAGAAAAAGAUCUAGAUUUGGUAAUGCCUUCCAUUUAAUCAGAGAAAUUUUGAAAAUUGUUAAGCUUUUAGUUGAUUCUCAUGCUCAAUAUAGAUUGGGAAAUGUUGAUGCCUUCCAGUUAGCCGAUGGUAUAUAUUACAUUCUAAACCAUUUAGGUCAAUUAACAGGUAUCUAUAGACACAAGUACAAAGUAAUGCAUCAAAUUAGGGCUUGCAAAGAUUUGAAACAUGUGGUUUAUUAUAAGUUCAAUGUUACAAUUGGGAAAGGUCCUGGAUGUGGUUUCUGGCAGCCAGCUUGGAGAGUUUGGAUUUUCUUUUUGAGAGGUAUCAUUCCGCUAUUAGAAAGAUGGUUAGGUAACUUAUUGGCCAGACAAUUUGAAGGUAGACAUUCCAAGGAAGCAGCAAAAACUAUCACCAAACAAAGAGUCGACUCUUAUUACGAUUUGGAGUUAAGAGACUCGGUAAUGCAUGACAUUUUGGAUAUGAUUCCUGAUGGAAUGAAACAAAGCAAGGCAAAGACAAUCUUGCAACACUUGAGUGAGGCGUGGAGAUGCUGGAAAGCAAACAUUCCAUGGAAGGUACCAGGGUUACCAGAACCGAUUGAAAAAAUUAUUGAAAGAUAUAUUAAGGCCAAGGCCGAUGGUUGGAUUUCAGUGGCUUAUUAUAACAGAGAUAGAAUUAGAAAUGGUACCAAUGUUGAGAAAACUGUUGCCAGAAAGAACUUGGGUAGAUUGACCAGAUUAUGGCUCCGGAAUGAACAACAAAGACAAUCCAAUUUCCAGAAGGAUGGUCCUUACGUGUCGACUGAUGAAGCUGUUGGUAUAUACUCUACUAUGGUCCACUGGUUGGAGAGUAGAAACUUUCAACCUGUUUCAUUUCCUCCACUCAGUUAUAAACAUGACACAAAGCUUUUGAUCUUAGCUUUGGAUAAUUUGAAAGAAUCUUAUGGUGCACAAGGUGGUAGAUUGACUUCAACUGAAAAAGAAGAGUUAACACUUAUUGAACAAGCAUAUGAUAACCCACAUGAAACUUUGAGCAGAAUUAAGAAGUUUAUUCUCACCCAAAGGGUAUUCAAAGAAGUUCAAACGGAUAUGAUGGAUUACUAUGAUCAUAUCACACCAACAUAUUCCGUAGAUCCUUUGGAAAAAAUCACUGAUGCAUACUUAGACCAAUAUCUUUGGUUUGAGGCUGAUCGGAGACAAUUAUUUCCUAAUUGGAUUAAACCAAGUGAUAAUGAAAUCCCUCCUUUGUUGGCUUAUAAAUGGUGUCAGGGUAUCAAUAAUCUUGAAAAUGUUUGGGAAACCAGUAAUGGUGAAUGCAGCGUGUUGUUGCAAAGUAGUUUAAGCAACAUGGCGGAAAAGAUUGAUCUUACCUUACUUAACAGACUAUUGCGUCUAAUAAUGGACUCAAACAUUGCUGAUUAUCUAACAGCGAAGAAUAAUGUCACAUUGAGUUAUAAGGAUAUGAGUCAUGUUAAUAGUUAUGGGUUGCUCAAAGGUUUACGGUUUGCUUCGUUUAUAUAUCAAUAUUACGGCUUACUCAAUGAUCUAUUAUUAUUAGGCUUAGAUAGAGCAACUGAUUUAGCUGGCCCUCCUGAUUCACCAAAUGAUUUUUUGCAGUUUAAAUCUGUGGAGGAUCAAAAGAAAAGUCCACUUCGUUUUUACUUCAGAUAUCUUGAUAAAGUUUAUUUUUUCUUUAAAUUUAGUGAAAAGGAAUCUAGUGAACUUAUCCAAGAGUAUUUAUCAGAAAACCCGGAUCCUAACUUUGAAAAUGUUAUAGGGUAUAAUAAUCGCCGUUGCUGGGCUAGGGAUCAAAGAAUGAAGUUGAUGAGACAUGAUGUCAAUUUGGGAAGAGCUGUUUUUUGGGAAGUGGAAGGAAGAGUUCCAAAAUCUAUCGCGAACAUCAACUGGGAAGACACAUUAGCCUCAGUAUACAGUAAAGAUAAUCCGAACUUGUUGUGUACUAUUGCAGGAUUUGAAAUUAGAAUUUUGCCAAAAGUCAGAAUGACUGAUGAAACACCAGAUAAAGAGGGAACAUGGAAUUUAAUUAACCAAGAAACCAAGGAAAGAACUGCGAGGGCCUAUUUGCAGGUUUCUGAAGAAGAUAUAAGGAAAUUUAAUAAUAGAAUCCGUCAAAUUUUGAUGUCUUCCGGCUCAUCCACUUUUGUGAAAAUUGCAAAUAAAUGGAACACUGCUCUCAUCUCAUUAUUUGCAUACUAUAGAGAAGCUAUUAUUGGCACAGAAAAAUUAUUGGAUAUUUUAGUGAAGAGUGAAACUAAGAUCCAAACAAGAGUGAAAAUGGGUCUCAAUUCCAAAAUGCCAAACAGAUUUCCACCUGCAGUAUUUUACACGCCAAAGGAGUUGGGAGGUUUGGGAAUGUUGAGUGCCUCCCAUAUUUUAAUCCCUGCUUCUGACUUGAGAUACUCAACGCAAACAGAUACCGGGAUAACCCAUUUCCGUGCUGGUAUGAAUACUUUUGAUAAGAUAAUUCCUACCAUACAUAGAUACAUUGCUUCUUGGGAAGAGGAAUUCACAGACUCACAAAGAGUAUGGGCCGAGUAUGCCAUCAAAAGAAGAGAAGCUUUACAACAGAAUCGUCGAUUGGCGUUUGAAGACAUGGAAGAGAAUUGGGAUAAAGGUAUUCCACGUAUCAGCACUUUAUUCCAAAAAGAGCGCCAUACAUUGGCCUACGAUAAAGGUCACAGGGCUCGUAAAAUUUUUAAGGAAUACUCUAUUGCAAGAUUUAAUCCAUUUUGGUGGACCAACUCUUUCCAUGAUGGUAAACUUUGGAAUUUGAAUGCAUACAGAACCGAUGUUAUUCAAGCGUUAGGUGGUAUUGAAACUAUUCUAGAACACACAUUAUUUAAAGGUACCGGAUUUGAUUCAUGGGAAGGCUUGUUUUGGGAAAAAGCCUCCGGGUUUGAGGACUCUAUGAAAUUCAAAAAGUUGACCAAUGCCCAAAGAUCUGGUUUGAGUCAAAUUCCAAAUCGUCGUUUCACUUUGUGGUGGUCACCUACUAUCAAUCGUGCAGAUGUUUAUGUUGGUUUCCAGGUACAAUUGGACUUGACUGGUAUUUUCCUUCAUGGUAAAAUUCCAACAUUGAAAAUUUCAUUAAUUCAAACUUUCAGAGCACAUUUGUGGCAAAAGAUUCACGAAUCGCUUGUGUUUGAUGUUGCGCAAGUUUUUGAUAAGGAAGCAAAUACUCUAGGUAUUGACAUGGUUCAAAAGGAGGCAAUUCAUCCUCGUAAAUCCUACAAGAUGAAUUCUUCAUCAGCAGACAUUACAUUGUCAGCCGCAGGUAAAUGGAAGACGAGUAGACCUUCUUUCUUAUUCAACAAAAAUGAUGAGUUCGAUGGGAUUGAAAACGACAAAUUCUGGAUCGAUAUUCAAUUGCGUUAUGGUGACUACGACUCUCAUGAUAUUUCACGUUAUGUUCGUUCCAAAUUCUUAGAUUACACAACCGACGCUGCUAACUUGUAUCCUUCGGAGACUGGUUUAAUGAUUGCUAUUGAUUUAGCUUAUAAUAUGUAUGAUUCUUAUGGUAACUGGUUCCCUGGAUCUAAACCGUUGGUUCAGAAUGCAAUGAAGGCAAUUAUGAAAUUGAACCCUGCUUUGUUUGUGUUGAGGGAGCGUAUUAGAAAGGGUUUGCAUUUGUACCAAUCUCAGCCACAAGAGGCAUUUUUGAAUUCCAAUAAUUACGCUGAGUUGUUUGGCAAUGAAACCCAGCUCUUUAUUGAUGACACUAACGUUUACCGUGUUGUCGUCCAUAGAACUUUCGAAGGUAAUAUUGUUACCAAGCCAAUUAAUGGUGCGGUCUUCAUUUUGAAUCCAAAAACAGGUCAAUUGUUUUUAAAAAUUAUCCAUGCUUCAGUUUGGGCGGGUCAAAAACGUUUAAGUCAGUUGGCUAAAUGGAAGGCGGCCGAAGAAGUUGCUGCCUUAGUGCGCUCUUUGCCAAAAGAAGAACAACCAAAGCAGUUAAUUGUCACCAGAAAAGGUAUGCUUGAUCCUUUAGAGGUUCAUAUGUUUGAUUUUGUUAAUAUUAGAAUCAGACAAUCGGAGUUACAAUUACCAUUCCUGGCGGCUAUGAAGGUUGAUAAGUUGGCAGAUAUCAUUUUGAAAGCCAAGGAACCUCAGAUGGUUUUAUUUAACUUAUACGAUGAUUGGUUGCAAUCUAUUUCUUCGUAUACAGCAUUUUCACGUUUAAUUUUAUUAUUAAGAGCAUUGCAUAUUGACCAAGAAAAAGCCAAGUUAAUUUUGCGUCCUGAUAAUUCUGUCAUUACCCAAGACCAUCAUAUCUGGCCUUCAUUUAAUGAUGAACAGUGGAGUCAAGUUGAAAUUCAAUUGCGUGAUUUGAUUCUUAAUGAAUACGGGAAGAGGAACCACGUCAACGUUGCUUCAUUGACCCAAGCAGAAAUCCGUGAUUUAAUUUUGGGGCAAGAAAUCAAAGCGCCAUCGGCCAAAAGACAGGAGAUUUCUGAAAUUGAAGGAGAGAAAAAUGCGGAAAGUGAACAACAACAACUCACCUCUGUUACUACCAAAACUACCAAUGUUCAUGGUGAAGAAAUCGUGGCAGUAACCACUAGUGUUUAUGGUCAAAAGGCUUUCUCAUCAAAGACAGAGUGGAGAAACAGUGCCAUUUCUACCUCUAGUUUACCACUUAGGGCGAAGAAUGUUUUCAUUGCCAAUAGCGACGAAUUUGAUGAAGAAAAUUAUACUUAUAUUAUUCCUCAAAACAUUUUAAAGAAAUUUGUUGAAAUUGCAGAUAUGAGAAUUGAGAUUGGUGGCUUGCUUUAUGGGCAAUCCCCUAGUGAUAAUAUGCAAGUGAAGGAAAUAAAAUGUAUUGUUUUGGUACCUCAGUUAGCUAAUAACAGAAGUAUUGAUUUUGCUAAGACCCUUCCAAAAAGUGAAUAUCUCAACGGAUUGGAACCUUUAGGAUGGAUUCACACACAAUCAUUGGAAACUAAUGUCAUUUCUCCGAUUGACAUAACCACCCACUCUAAAUUAUUAGCUAAUCCAGAAUUGAAAUGGGAUGCUUCAACUGCUAUGACUAUGGUUGUGUCCUUUACUCCAGGUUCUGUGUCUUUAUCCGGUUACUCUUUGACUGAUGAAGGCGUAGAAUGGGGAAGCAAAAAUAAAGAUCUCACCUCAACGGUUCCUGAAGGUUACUCCCCAAAGUUCGGUGUUAGUGCACAAAUGCUUUUGACCAACAAAAUUAUGGGAUUCUUCUUGGUGCCUGAGACUAAUAUUUGGAAUUAUGCUUUCAUGGGUGUUGCAUGGGACAAGAAUUUGGAUUAUGGCUUAAAGUUAGAUGUCCCAAUCCCCUUCUAUCAUGAACUACACCGUCCAACCCAUUUCAUCACAUUCAAUGAAAUUGAAUCUAAUGAGAUUGAGGCCAAUCAAGAAAACGUCUUGAGUUGA